CGCGCAUCGUAAGUUACACGCAUCCAUUUUUUUUUACUUUAUUGGCAAUUAAUCAUAGUAAACGGACAUUCUGUGGUAAAAAUUAAAAGUUCUGUAAUUACUAUAGAAUAGGGUAUUUUUUUUAAUUUUUGAAAGCUGCUUAUAUUUAAAGACAGGAACAAACGAUUUAACAAAAAAAUAAAUAUUAAUAAAUUAAUAUAUUUUUUCUCCAUUAAACCAAUUAAAGUUGAAUUUAUUUUUAAUGGUUUUCAAAUUUACCGCCAUAACGCUCGGUUCGAUGACGUCAACUGUGUGACGUCAACUUUGGGUACACAACUAAGAACUUCGAUGGGACAUGAACGCCCGUCAGACUAAUCGCUAUUGUCUUUGGAAGCUUUACUUAUAAAUUAAAGUCAUUAUCAGUUAUAAAUGAUUUAAUAAAUCAGUUAGCCGAAAGAAAGGCAAGGAAAGUGUAUAGGUAUUUAAUUUGAGUUGUUUGUAAAAAAUUUGGAAAUGUGACAGAUAGAUAAUUAUGAUGAAUACUUAUUUCUUUUAAUUUUAUGCAGACAUUUUUUUUUUAAGCUUUAUUGACCAAAAUAUUUAACAUUGGUGCAAAAGGCGGACUUAAUGCUAAAAGCAUUCUCUCCCAGUCAACCUUUGGGAAAAAUGAAAAACACGAACGGCGGCGGCAUAAAGCUAAAUACGAAUAUAUAUACAAAUAAACAUAGAUACAUACAUAAAUACGUACUAUAAAAAGAAUAUAAUACAUACAAACAUAACACACUAAUAUUUAAAUAUAUACAGUAUACAUAUACACAAGAUGAUGAUUAAUAAAAUGACACUUCAUCUUAAGUUUUGCAACAUAUGAGCGUGAACAUUCCUUUUAAAUAUAAGUUUACUAGGAGAUCUUCUGAUGGAGUCGGGAAGGUCAUUCGACAGUCGUAUGGCUUGAAGAGUAAAGGAGUUGGACACAUAGCUGGAAUGAGAAAGAGGAAUAUAGAGAGCUAAUGAAUCAGCAGAGCGGAGAGGACGAUCGUGACUAUCACAGAGAUACUGAAACUUGCAUUUCAAGUACUCAGGAGAAUGAGGGAUUCUUUUGUGAGAAAUCUUUACCCCAUCCUAAGGGUCCCCAAACAAUUGUUUAUACGAGGCCCCGCCAAGGCACGCUACGCCACUGGCGAGCAACAGCAAAAGUUGUAUGAGAAUCUAUAUCUGUCGUGGUUUAAUUGCCAAAUAAAUUAUAUACUAAACUCAUAAUAAUCUGUCGUGUAAUUUAAAAUUGGAACAUUCUUUUACUCCGAAACAGAACGUCUACAAAAUCAAUGUUGAAAAACGAACAUCAACACUCAUUCAUUUGUUUUCACUUAUUUUCAACAACUCAACACUCAUUCAUUUGUUUUCAUUUAUAUAAACAGCUUUCUAUUUGCAAGUCAGUUCGAAAUUAGAAUAUAACCUUUGACAAAAGUUCUGCCUACGUACUACUUAAUUUUAAUUUCCGCGCAUUAUUUGAGAAAAUUACUAUACAAGUCCUGACCACAACUAGGCAUUGGUGGACUUACACGUUCGGCUAUCAAUACCUCUUUUGCUGGUCGCUGCAGUACUGUACUAUAUCUCAAGCAUGCUCUAAAAUUUGAGCUUUAUUUGACAACCUUUUUUGAGAUAAAUCCAAAUCCAAUUGCUGGACUAGCCAAAUACACCAGCCGCCGGCAAAAGUUGUAUAAAAAUCUGUCGUGGUUUAGCGGCCAAAUAAAUUACAUAGUAAAUUCAUAAGUAUCCGUCGUGUAAUAUAAACUUGGAACAUUAUUUUAUUCCAAAACAUGACAGCCAAGGACUUAUCAACAAUAACAAGGUUUUUUAUUAAAAUUUCGGACUGGCUUGCAAAUAGAAAGCUGUUUAUUAAAAAAAACAAAUGAACAAUUUUCCACGAGAAAAAAUAUUGUUGUUCGUCAUUGAUUUUGAAAAAUGAUUUUUCAUUUCCGUUCAUUAUUUGAGAAAAGUACUUACUGUUAUGCAAGCCUUGGCAACAACAAGGCAUUGAUGGACUUAAACGUUCGUCCAUCAAUGCCUAUUUGCUGGCAGCUGUUGUAAUGUACUGCAUUAAUGUUCGUCAUACAGACAAUUUAUUCAUAUUCCUAGAAGGAUUUGAACCCAAACUCCAGUUUUCCUAUUCCGGUCAUUCACAUGUUUUGUACUAAUCAUCAUCCAAAGCACUGAGAAUAAAUUUUUGGUCACCGAUCCUAAUACUGGCCGUUGUGAAAAUUGCUUAGCUUCUACAAUCGCAGACCGGAAUCGUUUACUAAUUAUGUGAUAUCGAGCAUCUCCUAUAACAAUCUAAUACCCGCCAUACACACUACGAAAAAUCGUUACGAUCAGACUGUACAGUUCGAACGGUACAGUUUAUACGAUUUCGUUUAGUAUAGGAAACUGUGCAGUUUUAUAACAUACACGCUACGAUUUAUCGGUACCGUUCGGACUGUACAGUCUAAUCGUAACGAUUUAUCGUAGUGUGUAUGGCGGGUAUAAAGCAUUCUAAUCAUUUAUGAAAACAUUGCUGGUAAAAAAGUUACAGGCGAAAUAAAUCCAACGAUUUCCUGUACUGUGAAUAUUUUUUGUGAUUAAAAUAUUAGAUUUAUUUUCCGAAAUUAUAAAAUUUAAUAAAAAUUUUGAUAAAAUGACCGGAAAAUAAAUAGUAAAGGAUUUUUUGACUUUUCUGUGUGUAGGCACGGAUCUUUACUAUAAGUUAUGUAGGUACCUAUAGUUAUCAUAGUUUUUAUUAAAUAUAGCAAUCUAAUGCGAUAUCAUAAAAUACCUUAAUAUGUAUAAGUCGAAGAACGAAAUUACAAAAGCGCCCAUUUAGUUUUGCUUAACAUUUAUAUUUCAAUCAAGAAUUUAUACAAAGUUUAAAUCCACUUACAACAAUUUUGUUAAAUCUCAAUAUAACUAAAAUUCGAUUCAUAUUUAUGACAUGUUUCUAUGGUUCUGACUUUAAUAAAGUAAUAUUAGUUGAAUGUAGUUUUAGCAAAGGACAUUGUUCAGCGUCCAUACAUAGUUAGCCUAAGAACCAACAAUCAUGAAAUAUUAUUUUCCAAGUUCAAAAUCGUAAGUAAAUGACUGUAAAAACAAAGAUUAUUGACGGACACUUCUGAGAACUUCAAUUAUUAGGAAAACAAUUUUUUUUGAGGUUAUGUUUAAUAUUCAAUGAAACAUAGGUCAACCUAUGAAUUUAGUAUGAACUCAGUUUGAAGUGAAUUAAUAUUACAACUAAUUCAUUUUCUUUUUUAAAGAAUAACUAUUAGGAAAAUUUGUAUCAUAUUGUUUAUUGUAUUUAUUUGUUUAUCACACGAAUAUUGUGAAAAUAUGCAGCGUGAAUGUGUAUCAGGUGUUCUUGAAUAAUUUGGCAGUAUGAUACUCUCAGGAUGUUGUGGCACAGGUUCAUUAGUACUUGGUAAUAAGGGCUCUGCUCUUUGGUAACAUCGAUGGCAUAUUAGAUAGCCGAAAUAGUUAAAUUCAAGGAAAAACAAUCGCAAAUAAACACACACAACAGGUAAUCCGAAACGAGAAUGCACUUUCCGGUAUAAUAAACUACUCUUUGGAAUGCACGAAUGCCACAGAUUACUACGAAUGCAAACUGCAUGCACCACAACCACAGACCAACGAGUUUUAUGCCGGCCCUUCACUUAACAACAGUUUGUCCUUGUCAUGCGUAAUAAGGAAUGAAAAGGUCAGACUGAUGUCAUGCAUUAAAAUAGCAAAUACGAAUAGCCAAGUGAAGUGCCGGCAUUAGGAAGAAAAUGUGUUUUGUUUGCAGCGCUGCCAUAGAUUAUACACAUAAAAUGGUAUUUAUUGUCUCAGAUUAUUUUUUUACUUUUUAAUUUAGCUUACUUAACUGGAAGUGUCCGUCACAAUCUAAAUACUGAUAAUUAUCGCAAAAAAUAUACUAAGAAUUCUCAUAAAAGCCAAAUUGGUGUUGGUUCUUAGGCCAAUUUUAACAUUGCCCUUUGGUCCACUUGUAGUAAAAUUUACAAAGUAGGUAAAAUUUCAUUCCAACAAUCAUCGGCAACGAUUCGGACAAUAUCGAAAAGCAUUAAUAGUGUUCUUUUUUCAAAAUCCCUAUAUGAGUGCGUAGUUACAUCUAGUAAACAUUCUUCUAUAAUGUUAUUUUAUUUAAGUUUUUAUAAUAUACAUAUUAUAUAUACAAAUUGCAUUGUUAUGAAAAUUCAAUGACGGUGAUAUGUUUUAAUCGGAGGGUAGUCAUGACCUAGCAUUUACCAAUUUUUCUGCGAGCACCUUCGAUACCUACAUUUUCUUAAACCUUUUCUGUCGAACCACCACCGCGGCGCGUGGUAAGUUAUUUUCCUCUCAAUUCCCGAUGGUAUUUUAUGAAAUAUUUCUUUUUAUUUACCGUCAUUUUCAAUAACACUCAAACAUCGAAUAUAAACAUGUCUACUCUUUGUUAUUUCAGAAUUAUUUUUGAAAGAUGGAACAGUCGUUUGUUAAUUCGGAUUCAAAUGUGUUGUACCCGGUGUUGCUUAUACCGAAGCGUUGCACAACUUUGGAGACCAACUGUGCGGUGACUGAUAACGUGUUUAUUGAUCUGAACAUCACUUCGCCUGACACGGAGGGAAAUGAGAUGUGCAUAUACAAUGGUUUCUGUAACGUGAAACUUAUAGAUAGUUACGAUGUUAACAUCCAACAAGUGGAACCGCUGAAUAUAGAUGCUGUAUCUUCUAGUUUUAUUGAAAACGAACCAGCUGCCAUAGAAAUCGGUAAUCAGGUGCCGAGCUCAACUUAUAAUCAGUCGCACGUAUGGAUAGAUCCUGUGAGGAGCCCCUUCGUUUACAAUUCUUACGAUGCCGCUGCUGAGACUCAAGAGUACUCCGUGUGCCAUCAAACGCAUUCAGCUCACAUAACAGUCGAGCAACAUAACACAUACAUAACUCAAAACGUCUAUAAUUAUAAAGAGUCCGUACAAUACUCGUCUCUUGAUGAUUGCGAACAAAAGAAGGUUAAGAAAUUACCGGCUCCUGAGCCUGGCGCAACGCCGCAGCAAAACCCUUCGGAUCAGAAUAAUCUGAACUUUUACGAGGAGGACGAAUUUGAGUGUGGCGUGUUUCUUUCACAGCUGCCUGAGGAGAUUCUGAAUGAGAAGGAAACUAGAGCGAGGGAGGAAAGAAAGUACAUAGGGCUGCAAAGCGAAAAUGAGGCGCUGAAACAGCUGAUGUCCUCAGAUAUUCAGUCGGUUUCGAAGCAGAGAAAGACCAUUUUGUUCCUGGGCCAUGAUUCGCACUGUGGACAGACAAUACAAAAAAUUGCGGUCAAUGACCCCUCGCUUGUAUGCUCCGGCGGUGGAGAAAUAGAUCACGAAGUUAUUAUUGACGAAGCGACCUUCUCGAACCCGCACCAGAAAAAGUACCAAUGCGACAAAUGCAAGCAAAUAUUCGAACAAAUAUCCACAUUCAAGCAACACAUGGUGGGCAACCAUAGAACGCCGAGGUCUUCUAUAUCCAACGACACAAACUCCUCAUCCGUCGGCGAUAUGAAGUUCAUGUGCACCGAAUGUGGCAAGAACCUGAAGAGCCAAGAGAAGUUCGAGAUCCACUGCAUGGGCCACGGCGACCCAGAUCUAGAAUGCAACAAGUGCCACAAAGUGUUCGCAUCAAAGUUUACCUUGCGCACCCACCGCAAGAUCCACAAUCGCAAAUACGUGUGCAACUACUGCUCCAAGUCUUACUCCGACGCCGAAGAUUUGCGGGAGCACUCGGCGAAGAUACACUUCGUGUUUUUGUGCGAGAAUUGUGAUUUUAUCACGAACAAAUAUUCGGAACUGGUUGCGCAUGAAUUGAUUCACAAUAAAGAUGAUGAAGGCGUCGAAAAUUCUAUGAUUGAUGAUCAAAGGAGUAUGCUCUGUACUGAUGACGGUAUCAUGGAAGAUAUCAGUGACACAGAUAUUAUAACGCCCUCCCCCGAAGGGCAUGACGUGAAAAACGACGCGUCAUGUUCGUACUCCAAAGAUGAAGAAAUACAGAAAGCAGACUCUGUCAUAGCGAAAGUUAUGUCUAACAAAAUAUUUCUUUUGCACUCGAAGAAAGCUAGAAGACAGAGUAGGUAUAAUAAGGCUUGUGACGUCUGUCUGAAAAUGUUCGACCGAGUAGGAGACCUGAAAAGGCACUUAAUCGAGCACAUCAUCCGCAGCACCCUCGCCAAGACACCUGUCAACAAGAACGGCACCCUCAACAUACAGUGCGAGGUCUGCCAAUCAGAAACAUUCACUAGAGUAGACAGGUACAAAGCACACCUACGCGAACACGCCAAACUCACACUAUACAAGUGCACCUUCUGCGAUAAAUCAUUCAGUGACUCCUCAAACUUCUCGAAACACAAGAAAAUUCACGGCACAACAUACCUCCAGUGCGAUCUCUGCCAAAGAAAGUUUAAUUCUAAAAAGAUGAUCACACAGCACAUGGAGUACCACAACAACAACUCUCCUGUGACUUGCCACUACUGUGACAAGGUUUUCUAUUUCGAAUCAAUGCUCAAUAAACAUAUAAAAUGCGCCCAUACUAAGGAGAUGGCUAACAGAUUCAGGUGCAGAUUUUGUCACCAGUACUUCAAAACGCUCAAAGAAAAGUGGGACCACGAAUGGACCAUUCACAAUGUUAGGAAAAUGAUCGUGGACUGUCUGGUAUGCGGUUCCAAGUUUAGGAAAUAUUCCGAAUUGAAAAGACAUUGCAUCGAUGAGCAUGACAUGGAAAUACCACCGGCGAAAAAGCUUUUAAAAAAGAAAAGAUUCAAAUAAUGGCUGGCCCAUAUUUGCUAUUAUUUGUUAUUUCGGUUUGCACUGUUGCUGAUUUGUGUAGAUACCUAUUUUAUUUUGUUGAUGAUAUUUUUUAUUGAUAUUUAUUUUUUGUUGACAAUCGUUAUCACAGUUCAUAGGCUAUCAUGAUAUAAAUAAUUAGCUUAAAGUUUAGUUAAGUGAGAUCUGUUGUCAAUAUUUUUGUUUUUUAGUAUUAAAAAUGCUAAGUAGAUAUUAUCUGAUUAACUUAUAGUUAUUUAUUUAAUUGAGUGUUGCUUACGUUGCUUAAGGUAAGUAGGCGAUACUUUUGAUAAGUUAACAAUUUUCGAUAUAUUUUUGAUUGAUCGCAAAAUUUUGGUUUUAAUCACUUUUGUAUAGAAUUUAUUUAGACCUUAGUUAUGUUGAAAUUAUACUGACGAUUUGUUAUUCCCGCUCCUUUGGCAUACUUUUGAUAAAUGAAAUCAUGGUAGAAAGUAAAAAAUAUUUUUAGUAAGACUGAGCGAUUUCUACUUGUAACUUAUCUACAUUAUUGAACUUGAAUUGAAGAACUUGCGUACCUAUAAGUAUUGGAGUUUGUAAAAUAUUUUCGUUUAUUUGUGUAUUUUUAGGAAUCCAAAAGUCGAAUCCGAACGUUAAGCACGCAGCUCAUAACUCUUGUACCAUAUUGGUAAUUAUAUUUUCGUUCUUUAUUCGUUUAUUAAAGAAUUGUUUAAAGAAAUAUGUUUAUUUUUCUUUAUAACUUUCCACUGAUAUAUAAAGUAGUAUGUAGCUAUAAAUUUUCCAUAAAUUGACUGGAAACAGAUAUUCAGUAAAAGUCAGAGGAAAAAAUACAUUUUUGAAUAGGCAAAUUCAGUAGAAAUACAGUAGAAAAAUAAAAUAAAGUUUAACUAUUUUUAAGAUAUCUACAAUGUAAAUGCAUAGGAAAAAAUACAAAUGUUAACCUUACCUAACAUUAUCUAG